CUUGUCCAAUACAAAACAUUGCUCCUUGUUUUGACCUCCCGGUCAAAGAAAUUUUCCAAACGUCACACAAAAACAACAGUUUGUCGAUUCCGGUCGGCUAAGCUUCCACGAUGCCACCCCCGAUGGAGAACCUGUGUAGAAUUUGCGCCCGCAGCGAAGAAGACCGGCACGCGCCGCUGGUGUGCGUCUUCGGAACGACCAUCGAGUUGGACCAACGGCCCAAGAGUGGCGGUGGCGGCCAGUUGUGGCCGGAGGAAGGCGGCAUCCUAGUUCAGACGGUCGCCCAGGCCAUGGCCAGCUGCUUGGAGGUCGAGAUUAAACACAGUGACCAGCUUCCGCAGCGGAUCUGCGCGGAGUGUUUGGCCAAGCUGCGGGAAUCGUGGGCGUUGAAGGAGAUGUGCAAGGUCAGCGAGAAGCAGCUGCGUCGAAUGUUGAACGAGGCCACAAGCGAGGAGGUCAAACGGGAAGAUCCGGUGGAAGAUGACGACUUUGGUCAGGACGUCUGCUUCGUCGAGGACGAUGUGUACGAGGACGAAAAGGUGUUAGAGGAGCUGGUCGAGUUGCUGUCACCUCCCAGGAGGAUCAAUCCGGAAGAUCCGCUCCAUUCGGAGCUCGGUUGGCACAUGUCGGAUCUUGUCAAGGGAAAGUUCCGAACCAGACCUGGAGAUGCCGCCAACUGGGACCGAGUUGAGGUCGAAGAUUUCCGCUGCUGCGGAUGUUACAAGUUUUUCGAUUCCAAGGCGGAAAUGGUGAAGCACUGCAAGCAGGACCACAAGGAAGAACCGGCCGGGAGGAACAAACGGUACGAGUGCUGCGUCUGCUUGAAAUUGUUCGCUUCGACGGAUGCUCUCAGCUUUCACCAGAAAUUGGCCCGUUCGCGAAUGCUGUUCCACUGCAAACAGUGCGACGUGUUGUCGCCGAGCAAGCGCCAGUUGAUGGCCCAUUUGAAGUUGCACGCCCAAGGCAAGCUGGACAUGGCGCCUGAGACGGUGGCCUCACCGGUGAAGAAAGAGGAGAGGCCACUCUCGGUGGCGAAGAAAUCGUCGUUGGUGGAACGAAAGACGGUUGCGACGGUUGAGCCGCCACCGGCGGAGAAAUGUCGCGAGGUGAAGAAUUUUGUCACGUUCGACUAUUACGCCUUUGACGGGUUCUGCUGCUGCGAUUGUUGGACGUACUGUGAGACGAAACGGGAGAUGAAGAGGCACGGUGAGAAGGAGCACUUUGGGAACCGGGGAUUCGAGGAGGACCAGACGUGUUUCGCUUGUUGGAGAUCCUUCGCGGACAAGUCCACCUUCGAAGCGCACGUGGCCCUGCUCGCCACCAAACAUCUCUACUACUGCAAACCCUGCCGGUUGCCGUUCCGCACCUCGGACCAGCUGCAGGAGCACCAGCAGACCAGCGGCCUGCACGAGGGUUUCAUCGAGCUGGAGAUGAUCGACAUCAAGGAGGAGGUGGAAUCGGAACCUCCGGUGGGCGCCGGUUCGUUGGAAGUGGAAGAUGUCGAUGGUGAUGACGACGCGGAUUACGAUCCGGACGAGGGCGGUUCUAAGAAGAGGGAUUUCGUGGAACCGAAUGGGCGGAGGUUGUACGCACCGCCGGGGAAAGACAAGCGGAACGAUAAAGAUGUGGUGGAGGCGUCGGUGGUGGCGAUUUCGAACCAGGAUGCGGUCCGGUGUUGCGGAUGUUACCGGACGUUUAUCACGGAGGAGGAGCUGGCGGAUCAUUGCACGAGGGAGCAUUUGCCGGUGCGGGUGUUUGGCGAUAAGAAUUUGCCAUACGAGUGUGAACGGUGCUUUAGGAGGUUCAAUUUGGGUACGGCGUUGACGAUUCAUCAGCAGUUUGCGAGAACGGUUCGCGAGUAUUCGUGCAAGUUGUGCGCGGAGAAGUUUAGCUUCCAGACACCGUUUUUGCUGCACAUUAGCAGGGUUCAUGAGUUCUUCCACGUUCAGAAGAGGGUGAAACCGGGAGCAAAGGCGGAGGUUCCUGCGGAGAACAACAAGUUCCACUGCUGUUUUAUGUUGUGCAAGCAAGCUUACGACGAGUACGGGGAUUUGCUCUGUCACGUGGACGAAGUUCACGGGCUUAAGAGGAACCAGUUCAAGGACUAUCGCGACACGGACGAAAAUUGCUGCGAGAUUUGCUUCCGAAGCUUCAACAACUACGGAGCUUUGCUGCGCCACGCCACCCAACAGCGCAGGAUUCGCCAGACCGUGUGCACCUGCAGCACCUGCGGCUACCAGGCCAAAUCGACCGCGGGGCUCCGUGACCACGAGAACAAACAUCUCGGCCUGCGCCCGUACGAAUGUGAGCUAUGCCAGAAGACGUUCAGCUCGAAAACAAUCCUCAAGAACCACAUGCUGGUCCACGUGUCGGAUCGUCCGUUUAGCUGUGAAAUCUGCGGUAAAACUUUCGCCCGCAAGCGCAACUGGAAGGACCACGCGAUGACGCACCAGGAGAGCAAACCGUGGGAGUGCGAAGUGUGCAAGAUGCAGUUCCGCAUCGAGACGCAGUUUAUGACCCACAAGAAACGCCACACAGGAGUGCGUCCGUAUAAAUGCACCUACUGCGAGAAGGUGUUUUCCCACGCCACCGACCGGAAGCGGCACGAAAUGGCCGCUCACACGGGGGAAAAGCCGCACCAGUGCUCGUUCUGUUCGCUGGCGUUCAUUCGGAAGAGGCAACUCAUCAUCCACGAACGAACACACACCGGGGAAAAGCCGUUCGAGUGUCAGUACUGCUCGCAGGCGUUCAUUCAGCAAAGCUAUCUGACACGGCAUUUGGCAACGCACAAAAUGUAGGCGCUUCAAUCAGUGAGACUAUUCAAGUUCGAGGAGAGAAAUACAUUCGCAGUUCUUUUAAAUGGUAA